UAGUCAUUCCUUCUUUAUCGUAGCUUUCAGAAUCUUACUUUCUUCACCUGACAGCUUGCUUGCUUGCGCAGCAUCUGCCACGCUGGUGUACACUUCUUUUCAUAGUCCUCGGCGUCUUCUGGCGUGAGUUUUUCACGGCAAGAAGCUCUUGGAGAGCUGCGCAUCGCCGUUGUUUUGAGAAAGGCCACAGAAUGUCCUCCAACGGUUCAGCAGAUGGAAAACGUCGGUCAGCGAGUGCAUCAGAGAUGUUGGCUACUCGGAAGGGGCCUAAAUCUCACGUACCAUGGAAAGAGGCCUACAAAGAGCGGUGUCGCACGCGUCUGAAGAAGCGUCGCGUUGAGAUCCUGUUUCGCCACGGCCUCUCAGAGGAGCUACACACGGCGGUGGCCGAAGACUGCGACCUAGAACUGGGAGAUGAAGCUAAUGAGAGUAUUCUUAGCAUGAACUCCGACUGCCCGUUGCAACGACGAUCGUCUCCGACAUCGGCUGAUGACCACUCGUUCUUCGCCGACUCCAGCAGUGCGGCCAUAGCAACGCCUAUGACCAGGGGAAGCGAUGUGGACACACGUAUGGAAACGCGUCACAUGGUCUGUGAGGUGAUGAGCGAGGAAUGGUCGGCAGCAGUCGGUGAUCUAGCACUGCCGAGCUUUUCGACAGAGCAGCUUCCAUUCAUGCCCACGUUCAAUCCUGCAGAGAAUGUGCCAUCCGAUGUGAAUGAGUUGUGCUCGCUGAUGGAUGAGCUUGAGGAAGAGCUGAGGGCAGACGAAGCAGCAAUACUGGAGCAGUAUCGUGAGCAAGUAGCAGCAGCGUCAGAGAAAGACCUGUGCUCCGCACUCGCCAGCCUGUCUACAGACGAACUAUUGUGCCCUCUGUGUGAACAGAACUAUCUCCUGCAACAUCUCUCCGUCAUUUUCUGCCAGUGCGGUCUCAGAAUAGACACCGAGCAAGACGGCAUAAACCUACAGUUCAUGAAAACACAGUUACAGAUGGCCACUGACCAGCAUGGGAGUCAAUGUUCUGCCAAGCCGGCCUUCUCUGAGCAGAGUCUGGACGGUCGGUCAGACGUGAAGAACCUCAUCCUGCUUUGCGCUACUUGCGACUUUUUCUUCAUCAUACUAUAAGCAUUACAUCAUACCUUGUGUGACUAUGACAUGACAUCAUUCCCAACGUUACACGACAUCAUAAUAACUCCUCUAUGAUGUCAUAGCAGUGUGACACCA